GAACUUUGCACUAAAAUGACUCAACCGAGGCCAACCAAGGCGAGAAGACAACAACAUCCCCCAUGUAGUCGCUACAAACAGUAAUUAUAUCAAGUUUAGCUUUACUAUAGAGAGCCCGGACAUUUCUUGAAGAAGAUCGAAAUCCCAUAGAAGACAUGGACGAUCAAAGGCAUCGAGAAAACACAGAGAUCGAGCGCGUGGAACUCAAUUUAUCACACCGACAUUUGGAAGCACUACCCGACAAUGGCCACGUUUUCAGCUUCAACCCACUGAAAGUCACCAGUCUUAUUUUACAAGGGAACAUAAUCUCUGUUCUUCCAGAUUCCAUAUCGAACUUUAAGAACCUGGUUCAUUUAGAUGUGUCUUCAAAUGGUCUAGCUUAUAUAUCAGCGCGGAUUUCAGAGCUGGAUAAACUACUGACUUUCAUCGGUAGAAAUAAUAAUCUUGAUGAGUUACCUAAAGAAUUUGGAAGCCUAGCGAAGCUUGAGAAAUUGAAUCUUAGUGGUAAUAGAUUGGAGUCGUUCGGACCAUCGAUUUUUCGGCUGACUCAACUGAAAGUCCUUCUGUUGGGUGGAAAUAAGAUCAACAAUGUACCGCCUCAAAUCUACAAAAUGAAAAGAUUAGAAAUUCUGUAUCUUGGAGGUAAUAGCCUUCUACGCAUCCCACCUGAAGUAGGCCAACUUCGCACCCUCCGAGCCCUGUAUUUAUGUGAUAACAAGCUUGAGAGCAUCCCCUCAACCCUGACGAAGCUCUCACGGCUACGGUCACUAAGUCUGCACAACAACCGUCUGACAACCUUACCUGUUGAGAUAGUCAAGCUUAAGAAUCUAGAAGAGCUAAGCCUUAGGGACAACCCUCUAGUCGUCCGAUUUGUCCGAGAUAUGGCUUUUAAGCCUCCCUCUCUGUUAGAACUGAGUGGUCGCUGCAUCAAGAACAACAGUGUCCGAUACUCAAAGGAGGAUCUACCACCACAGUUGUUAAGCUACCUGAAUAGUGCCAGAAGAUGUGUAAACCCGUGUUGCAAGGGUGUGUAUUUUGAUGCACGUGUCCGUAAUGUGAGGUUUGUUGAUUUCUGUGGUAAGUACAGGCUGCCGCUUGAACAGUACUUGUGCUCACCCCAUGAGAACUAUCGACCAGAUGAUGGUAGCUUGUCAUGCGGAUUUACAACCAGUAGCGAUGAAGAGGAGAAUGUUGUUCCUGAAGAUAAGAUGAAGAAAGUCCUCUUGGGGUGAUGGAGACCAACAGGCAGAAUUUGUAGAAAAGAGAAAUGGCUGAUCCAAAUUUUUGGUUGGGGUAGAUGGCAGAUAAUUAAAAAUAUAUAUUUUUUAAUGAGGAUAUGAGAUUGGGGAGAAAUAGGUUUUGAAUUACUUCAUGUAUGUUUUCUGUCUUCUAGAUAUGAAUUUAGGUCACAUAGAUAUUUGAUAAUGUAUUUCUGCAGUAGCGUAUAUGUAACAAAAUAGAAUUACCCCCUCCCCACUUUGUCACUAAGCCAAACCCCCCCUCUAGCAUAAAGCUAGAUCUGCCCGUGUUCUAUAUAUAGAAUGUAAUAUAGCUUUUUGUAAAAGUUUCCUGGUAAAAUACUUGGGAUCUUUUCAAGAUGUUGCUGAGCAAGGAAUAUGAAAACUGGAAAAAGAAUGAAGUUCCAUCUGUUUGAAUGGUGAAGUUACACUGAUAAUUGUGACAGAAUAUUUACAUAGGAAAUUCGAAAAAAAAGCUGCAUAAAGAAAUUUUAUUAUACAUUAAUUUAGAAAAAAAAACUUACAAUCAAGCUACUUUGAUGUGUUCAUAUCAAUUUAUGUUAUUGAUAAGAUAAAGUGUAUUACUUAACAGAGUGGUUUCCAAAAUCCCGUGCACCAAAAUGUAAUUGUUAAAGUGUAAUAGUCAAGCAAUAACAAAAGAAAGACAUUACAGUGUAUUAGUACUAAAUAAACUCGAUAAUAUUUCACAGGUUUUUAAAAACCACCACCCAGUUUUCAAUUUUUUUUUUCCUUGCUUGGGAGGUCAAAUGUAUAUGUAAAAGUUUGGUAGAUAUGUAAAAGUUUGGUAGAUAUUUUACAUAAAAAAAAACAUGCAAAUGUAUAGCAUGAAUGUAGCUAGUGAAUUUAAAGAUUUAAAAAAUG